GCCGGGCCGGCCCCGCUCCCGCCCUCCCGCCAAUGACGGCCGGGGCCGUCACCGCGCUGCGUCACGGGGCGGCCGCUAAGAUGGCGAAGGUGUCCGAGAUGUACGACGUGACUUGGGAAGAUAUGCGUGAUAAAAUGAGGAAAUGGAGGGAAGAAAACUACCGAAACAGUGAACAGAUAGUGGAUGUUGGAGAAGAGUUAAUUAAUGAAUAUGCAUCCAAACUUGGAGAUGACAUUUGGAUAAUUUAUGAGCAGGUGAUGAUUGCUGCCCUGGACUGCAGUCGAGAUGAUUUGGCAUUGUUUUGUCUUCAGGAACUGAGGCGGCAGUUUCCUGGGAGCCACAGAGUUAAACGAUUAACUGGAAUGCGAUUUGAAGCUAUGGAAAGGUAUGAUGAUGCUAUUCAGUUAUAUGACAGAAUUUUACAAGAAGAUUCAACUAAUACAGCAGCAAGAAAACGUAAGAUUGCCAUUCGAAAAGCCCAGGGGAAAAAUCUCGAGGCCAUCCGGGAGCUGAAUGAGUAUCUGGAACAAUUUGUUGGUGACCAAGAAGCUUGGCAUGAACUUGCAGAACUUUACAUCAAUGAACAUGACUAUGCAAAGGCAGCCUUCUGCUUAGAGGAGCUUAUGAUGACUAAUCCACACAACCACUUAUACUGUCAACAAUAUGCUGAAGUUAAAUACACUCAGGGGGGGCUUGAAAACCUUGAGCUGUCAAGAAAGUAUUUUGCACAAGCACUGAAGCUUAACAACAGAAAUAUGAGAGCUCUAUUUGGACUUUACAUGUCUGCUAGUCAUAUUGCGUCCAAUCCAAAAGCAAGUGCAAAAAUGAAAAAAGAUAAUAUGAAAUAUGCCAGCUGGGCAGCAAACCAAAUAAACAGAGCGUACCAGUUUGCAGGUCGCAGUAAGAAAGAAACUAAAUACUCUUUAAAGGCAGUGGAAGACAUGUUGGAGACCCUGCAGAUCACUCAGUCUUAGCUUGGCACAGAGAUCUAAUACAAAAUUUUCCAAUACCACACUCAACCUGUAAUGACCUGUGGGUUAUGUUACUCUAGUGCUGUUAAAAGUUAAUUUUGUAUUGAUUACGUGCUAUAUAAAAUAACAUUUUAUGAAAAGAAAAAUGCAUAUUUAUUGCUGCUAUAAGAAAUAUGAUGAAUACCCCUGAAAUUAAUAACUUAGCCACACAAACAACAUAAAGAAAUGACAUGCUGCACAACAGUCUCCUCAGAUUUUUGUAUGUACAGUACCUGCUUCUAAGCCAUAAUUUGUAGAAAUAAACUUGUUAAAUGAUUAAAAA